AUGGAUAGUUUGUUCAAAGUUGGCAAAUUAAUGAGUUUAUUCAACAAUUUACGAUUAAAUACUUCUCCAAAUAUUUUUAAAUACUCACAAUUUAACAGACAAUUUUCUGUUACCACUGCAAACAAUGACUUGAUGGAAUUUUUUGAUGUCAAGAAAAAUUGGGGAGUUGAAGAGAUAAGGAGUGGAAGAUCUUGGAGGAAGGACGACCUAAGACUCAAAUCAAACACAGACUUACACAAGUUGUGGUAUGUAUUGUUGAAAGAGCGUAACAUGCUUUUAACAAUGGAACAAGAGUGUAAAGAUCAAGCCAGAUUGUUUCCUAGCCCUGAAAGGUUAGAUAAAGUAGAAGAUUCCAUGGAAAACUUAGAAUGUGUAGUCAGAGAAAGAAAUGUAGCUUACCACAAGUUGGAAACUGGUGAAACAGGCGAAAGACCUGGUAAAAUGGAAACUAGUGCUUUCGGUUUAAAAUAUUAUUACAAAAUGUGUGAAUAUCCUAUACCUAAGUUUAUGAAUAAGAAAUGGACAGAGAAAUACAAAUUCUUCAAAUAUGAUAAAGAUGUUGAAGCAUUUUUACUUAAAUAUAGAGAGAAAAUAUAUAUUGAGCGAAGAAGGAAAAGAGCGAGAGAUUUCAAUCAUGUUAUUGGUUUGAUGAAUAGAUUUCCAAAUAUGGAUAUGGAUGCACUUCAGCAGCAGUACCCUGAUGUUGAUAUUAAAAAAGCUAAAAAUAGUCGAAAAUAUGGGGGACAUUUUGCACCUAAAUAG